AUGGAAAAUAUAUAUUUCCAGUGUUUGACUGUACUAAAUGAGCAAAUUAAUUUAAAACAUGGUGCAAACGAUAAGGAUAUGUCCCAGGAGUCAGGUAGCACUAUCACUUCUAGAGGUAAAUUGCCUAAUAUUGUAAUACCAACUUUCUCAGGCCAGUACUCUGAAUACGUGACAUUUAUAGGAAUAUUUAAAUCGGUUAUUCAUACCAAUAAGGCUAUCGAUAAUAUUCAAAAGCUAUACUACUUGCGAACAUUCCUUAAGGGACAGCCCUAUGAAUUCGUUAAAAAUCUUCCUCUGAAUAGUGAAAGUUAUAACGAAGCCAUGCAAUUGUUACACAACAGAUACUAUAACAAAUACAAAAUCAUAUCUGAGCACGUUAAUGCCCUCUUAGAUCUGGAAAAACUUUCCACAUUUGUAGGAGCUAAAGAAAUUAGACAAUUUGUUUCCACAAUCCGUCAAAAUUUGGCAGCUUUAAAUAAUUUAGAUGCAAACGUGGAUGCGUGGAACCCUAUCCUGUUGGGCAUAGUAACACGUAAGCUCGACACGUACAGUGCUCGCUCUUAUCAGUUGGAAAGAAACCAGGAACAAGAGCCAACUAUGGGUGACCUUUUAGCUUAUAUGGACAAGCGUGCCCUGGCGCUUGAAAACACAGACGUCAAGCAAGAUGUUGCAGCUCCAACAACUGCCAAGGGCAGAGUAAGCUUAGCAGCCACGGCCAAGCCUGCAAUGGACUGCAUCUACUGGAAGUGCAUGUUUCCUUGGGCCCGCGGUCUGCUCACAACACCAUGCAGAUCGUUGAGUCUCACAUACCCCGCGCGCCCCUUUUGCGCGGGGACCUCGUAGGAGGUUCGGCCCUCUACCCGAAGAAAAAAAAAAAAAAAAAAAAAGGGAAGUACAUGUUAAAUGUAUUCUUGAUUCUCAAGUUUCACUCAUUACUACAAAGGCUGUAGAAGUAUUAGGUUUCACACCUCAUCGCAGUAAUAUCAAUUUAAACGGGGUAACUGAAAACAAAAGCAAAGUAAGCUACUGUAUUCCUUUACAAGUUCAUUCUCUGACGUCCUCUUUCACUACACUUGUUAACUGUCAUGUGGUAGACAAAAUAACGGGCAACCUGCCACAGAAAGAGGUUAACUUGCAAGACAUAUCCAUGCCAACAGGAAUCACAUUAGCCGAUACCACCUUCAAUAAGCCUCCAGAGAUAAAUAUGCUGAUAGGCGCAGAUGUAUUUUUUCAAAUAAUACAGCCGCUUGAGAAACCAUUUCCCUAAUAAUUUAGCUGCGAUGCCUCCUAUCAAUUUAGAUAGAUAUAUAAACACCAACAGUGCAACUUCGGUGCAUUAGAUAGUUUUUGAUGCCUCCAGUACUACUGGCUAUGGGUGCUGUGCAUACCUUCGUGUGGUCGACAUAACAGGUAAGGCUGAAUUACACUUGGUUACUCUGUUCGAAGUCGCGAAUAAACCCACACGCGCAAAGCCACUAACAAUACCUAGGCUGGAGCUAAAUGCUGCAUCACUUUUGUCAAUACUUAUUGAAAGGGUAUAUGAAACAUUAUGCAAAAAAAUUCAAAUACAUAAUGUAAAUUUAUUCACUAACUCACAAAUAGCAUUGGAUAACAAUUGAUUUAACUAAAAUGUAGACGUACGUUGCAAAUAGAGUUAGUGUAAUUUAGCAAAAAACUAAAAACUGGUGCUGGCUAUAUGCACCAUCAUCAGACAACCCGGCUGACCUGAUAAGCAGAGGUAUCAACCCUCCUGAGCUUCAUAAUUGCGCACUCUUAUUCCAGUUCUUAGAUAAGUAUUCUGAUAUAGAUAAGAUUUUGUCGUAAUUUGCUAUUCAAAAAUUGAGGAAUUACAGCACGCGUUGCAUUUUAUAAUAAAGCACGAGCAGUCAGUGCAUUUCAAUAAUGAAAUCAGUGCAUUGCAAAAGGGUAACAUCGUGCAUGGUUUCCUUAAAACUCUACAUCCAUUUUUAGAUGAAAAUGGCUUGAUUAGGGUAGGUGGUCGAUUAGAUAACUCUGACAUGCCUCUUGCACAAAAACAUCCUAUCAUUCUUUCAAACAAAUCUCGCAUAACUGAGUUGAUUAUACAUAGUGAACAUAUUAGACUGUUACAUGCUGGACCUAAGUCACUCUUAUCUAAUUUAAACCAAAAAUACUGGUUAAUUAACGGCAUGAGACAAGUUAAAAAGGUGACCCAUAAAUGUUUGGUAUGCUUUAGAUUCAAAGCUGAUGCAGCUAAGCAACUGAUGGGAUCCUUGCCUCAAACUUGAGGGAGCACUUGUAUUAAUGAAAGAGCCAAAUUCUCCUCCUUUGGUGCGGCCCGUGGCACGUGUAACAAAAGUAUAUCCUGGUGGCGAUUGUAAAGUCCGAGCAUUGCAGCUCAGAACUGCUGAUGGUAAAUUAUAUAAUCGAUCUAUACAAACUAUUUGCGUAUUCUCAAAUCGGAUACGGUAGUAACUAUGCCCCCCCUCGUAGGCCCUUCAGGCCGACUCGCGGCGUUUGAUGAUGACGAAAAAGCAGAGCUGCUGGCCGAUACAUUGCAAACCCAGUGCACGCCCAGCACUCAAUCCGUGGACCCUGUUCAUGUAGAAUAGACAGUGAGGUAGAACGCAGAGUAUCCUUGCCACCCUCGGAUGCGUUACCACCCGUCACCCCGAUGGAAGUUAAAGACUUGAUCAAAGACCUACGCCCUCGCAAGGCUCCAGUUCCGACGAUAUAUCCAACCGCGUUAUUAAACUUCUACCCGUCCAACUCAUCGUGAUGUUGGCAUCUACUUUCAAUGCCGCUAUGGCGAACUGUAUCUUUCGGUGUGGUGUGGAAAGAAGCGGUGUGGAAAGAAGCGAACGUUAUCGGCAUACAUAAACCCGGUAAACCAAAAAAUCAUCCGACGAGCUACCGCCCGAUUAGCCUCCUCAUGUCUCUAGGCAAACUGUAUGAGCGUCUGCUCUACAAACGCCUCAGAGACUUCGUCUCAUCCAAGGGCAUUCUCAUCGAUGAACAAUUCGGGUUCCGUACAAAUCACUCAUGCGUUCAACAGGUGCACCGCCUCACGGAGCACAUUUUUGUGGGGCUUAAUCGACCAAAACCGUUAUACACGGAAGUUCUCUUCUUCGACGUCGCAAAAGCGUUCGACAAAGUCUGGCACAACGGUUUGAUUUUCAAACUAUUCAACAUGGGCGUGCCGGAUAGUCUCGUGCUCAUCAUACGGGACUUCUUGUCGAACCGCUCUUUUCGAUAUCGAGUCGAAGGAACCCGCUCCUCCCCGCGACCUCUCACAGCUGGAGUCCCGCAAGGCUCUGUCCUCUCGCCCCCCCUAUUUAGCUUACUCGUUAACGAUAUUCCCCGGUCGCCGCCGACCCAUUUAGCUUUAUUCGCCGACGACACGACUGUUUACUAUUCUAGUAGAAACAAGUCCCUAAUCGAGAAGGGCUUAGGGACCCCGGUAACCGUACUCGUCGAACUCGAAAAAGAGUUCGCCGUGCAACCUAACCCAUGAAUCAGCUCGCUGAGUUUCUCGCCGGAUCUUCUCAGCGGGUCGCGAUCCCGAUCCGGUAGUAGAUUCAUUCGCGAAGCAGCUGCUCUUGAGCUGUUAGGUCUCCUUCGGAGGCGCUCGGGUAACUGUUAGCAAAUCCCACCCCUCCUGGCUGAGCCUUUGCUCGCCCACCUGUCCUGGUGAAACUGGAAAGGCCUCCGGGCCACCAGUAAUACUUCAAUCAUAAAAAUAAAAAAUUGCGUAUUACCUAUAGAAAUGUAAUAUCACAUUGUGUUUUAAUAAGAAAUAUGGUUCUUUUUGUAUUUUUUUUAAUAAAAAAGUAGUUAAUGUUUAGUUAAUAUUAUUGUAUUUAAUGAGUUAAUAUAAGGUUAACAUAAGUUGAUGUUAAUAACAAGGUAGUGUUAUUGUAAUACUUAAUUACAUGCGAAUUAUUUAAUUUAUGUUCUAGCUUAUAGAAAAACAUUGUAACUAACAAGAUGUUUGCGAUAUAAGAAUAAGUUUUGUUAUGUAUAAAUUUAUUUUUGCCCAGGCGGCAGUAUGUUUAGAGCAAUUCUAAACAUGAAGUAUGCAUAACUAUUUUUUGAAUUUUGAAAUAGAAAAAUAAUAUAGUAAUAAUUUUGACAACAUAGUCAUUGUAAGUCAAUCAACAAUUUAGGUCGUAUGUGCACGUGUUGUAACUACAUUAAAAUAAAAUAAAAGUAAUCUUCUCUCUGAAUA